GUUUAGACUAUUAAAAAUUUAAAAGCCAAUUAUGAUCCCUUUAGCUUCCAAAAAGCGAGCAAGAAGAAACCCUAGAUUCUGCACUUUUUCCUUUCGAAACCAUGGUGGGAUCAAGGUGCAAGCCGACAGAGAUGGGUCCGCACCUUAUGCUGCUAUACUUGCUGCACACGAUGUUGCUCAGCGAUGCAAGGAACUUGGAAUCACUGCGAUGCAUGUGAAGCUUCGUGCAACUUGUGGUAACAAGACCAAGACCCCUGGUCCUGGUGCUCACUCUGCACUCAGAGCCCUUGUGCGUUUUGGCAUGAAAAUUGGUCGCAUUGAGGAUGUGACUCCAAUCCCAACGGACAGUACUCGCCGAAAGAGUGGAAGAAGGGGAAGGAGGCUUUGAGUUCUUUUUUAUGGAGUCAUCUCUAUAUUCAGCUCUCUCCAUCUCUUUCUGUUUCAUUUUGUCUUCACAUAUUGAAAUUGAGUUUUUGAUUAACUAUAUGUUGUAGUCUCAACUCUUAACAUAUUUAUCUUGCUGCUAUUCUCAUAAACAUUGUCUUGGAUUUUGUUUGCAACUAUUUGCCAAGUCUUAGUUGCCAAAUCUUUAGUUAGUGGUUGAUGAAGUUAUAAUUGCAAUACUGAGACGUUUUUUUAAACUAAUUACAAACUGGCAAAACCAUCUUUUUCUUUAAACGGCAGGUUCUUUUUAUUCAGAAUAGACUCUUGUUCAUCCUUCACACCAGGAGCAGAUCAAGUUUAAACAAUCUCUGUAUUAGCGUCUUUGGAACUUGGGAUAAUAGAAAACUGUUUUAUUUCUCAACAAAGGAAGCUGUUGCCAAAAGUGAUAGAGGACAUGGAUGAGUGCACUUUCUGCCAAGGUACUUCAUGCCGUGAAAUAAAGCCCAUACCCUGAUCAUAAUCCAGCAACCACAGGUUUGGUUUACUUCAAGUAACGUAGAUUGAGUAUAGAAACUUGGAAGAAAACAUACUAAUGGACUAAAUUCUUAGAGACGCCAUUGCUGAGAUGGGUUGGCGAACAAGCCAUGCUACGAGUUUGAGAUGACAAUGUUCGGUGGAUUAGAUAUGAAAAAUUUCAAUUUUAUGAUUGCUCAUUUUGUUUACUUGGACGUUUACGGACCGUCAGAUCGUGAGGAGAACUCAUUUUACGGUGUUAACUAAUAACUAUAGUUUCCUCACUUUUUAGCGAGACACCUCGAAGUAUUUUAGAGCACUUGAUAGGUUCACUUUUACAUGGAUUUCUCUAAAAGCCAAUAAAAUAAUGAAUAGUCAAAAAAGAAGAAGCUAAAAGAUGAGAAAGUGUUAUAAGUAAAAAAGAGAAAAUGAUUCGGUGUAUUUUCUUUUUUUUUGUUUUUGCAACAAACGGCUAUUCUAAACAUGAAGUGGUCUCGGUAACCAGACCGGAAUAGAACAACCAAUAAAAUAAAAAGAUUUGUGAAAGAUCGAGUAUUCCUAGCUAAAGAAUCAGCAACCAAUAAAAAAUUCGGUAUAUCUUAUUCCAUGAAUAAUGGAUCAUUUAUAUAGGAUUACAAUAGCUUUAGAACUAAGUAUAACUUGGAGAAAAAAUAAACUUGAUAAUCAAGUAAAUCUAAUACGUUCUAUAAGGAAAAUCACACAAUAUUCAUAACAGUUCCUUUUGAUGUUCAUUAUACUAAAAUGCUUUUAAAUGUCGUAGAUGUUGCCUCAUUAAAAAUUUUAUCAAAAAUUUCAAUGGAAAAAAUUAUGGUUUAGGGGAAAAAAGUACAGCGCGAAAUGAUUUCCUCUCAUGUAUAGGUUGAGACCUUUGAGGCGAUAUAAUCUGAUAAGAUGAACUGACUUUUUGGAUGUGGCAGUGUGUAACGCCUUGUUAAAUUGAUAAGUUGUCACUUGAAUGAACAUGUAAGACACAUACAUCUCUAUUCUUAUGCGGUUCAUGAAUCUUCCUACGACUUGACCAUUUUCUUUGAUUCUCUUGAUCUCAUAGACUCCAAAACGGUGAUAGAUUUUUAUCUUUGAAAUUAUAAUAUCUCCUUUGGGUGUCUAGAGUUUAUGUGUUUUCUGCUACAUCGUUAAAUCUUUGUCAAGGAAAAAUUCAAUGGAAUAAAAACCAUGAUAAGAAAAAAAUUACAACCACAUACAUUAUCACAUUUUUUCUCCUAGAAACAAUAUCUUCAACGUGUGUAUUCUGGUAAAAUGGAGUAUAUCUUUAAGAAAUUGAGCUUAACAGAAUAAACUCUUUUGAUUUCUACUAUAAUAUACAGGGUCUUUAGACUUCUAGUCAAUAAUUCUGAAAAUAGUAUGACGACCAAAUAAAUAUGAACUACAAAUAAGUUGUGACAAUGUACGUACCGUUGAUCCAAUGUCGGGGAGGUUGAAAGUAAAAGCGGGUUCUGUGAAGAUAGCUCACUACUUCCAAGAACGUUGACUUAGAUUGCAAUUUCUUGAAAAUUUUGUGAGAUGCAUGGACGCUAUUGAUGGUAUUAGUGCUUAUAUUGAUGAAUAAAAGCAAUAGUAACGCAUAAAUAAUAUUUGAAGCAUUCAUUGGUGUAAAAUUCUACAGCUAUUUAUUUCAGUUUGAUUUUCAUUUUACAAUUUUUUUAUUUAUUUACAGAUCGCUUUGUAAAUAAAUAAAUAAAAAAAAUGUAAAAUUAGAGAGGAAUGGUGGUAAUUCAUAGUCGAAGAGCUUUCUCUAACAUAGUGACCCUUGACUAUGCGAUAUUUACUACAUUUUUAUGGGCGACAAACCUAUAUUUCAAUAGGAUUAUCUUUGCAUAUGAUUUCAAAGAACUGUUCUUGGCGGUUAAGAAGCCACAUCAAUGGCAGACUCUUAGAUAUCAGGCUGAUGAGUUGAACAGAGUAUUGUCUUUAAUGAAGGAUUAUCAGCUGAUGUGGGUUUCGGUGGAAGAAAAUAGAGGGGCGGCUUGUAACAAGACAAGGAAGAUACCAUUCCUAUGUGCUAACGGUCAUCCGGCGUGGCUUUUUGAGUUAUUUGUUAAUGAAAGCAGGACCCUCUGAUCUAU